GCAAAGCAAUGGAAGUAGAAAUAAACGAAAGAACUCCGAUUUCUUGCCAUGGGCCUCUGCACAUAAAUAUUUUAAGGCCAAACGAGCUAUUUAAGAGAAAGAAAACUCUGAUGGAGAAGGCAGUGUGGCUUCUCGAAAAGAAGUGGGAGAAGAUGGAAAAUUUACAGGACAUGGUAUUCAAUGCGAUGCUCAUUCAUUCUCACACCAGGUUCUUAGUACAAACAUAAUCUCCGAAAGUGUUGGAGCAAAUGGAGGAGAUAAUGUCCAAACCGGAGAUGGAAAAUAAUAAGUUACGGCAAAGACAUGUCGCUAACGAAAUGGAUACAUCAUGUGGAGAAGUGGGACAUAUCGUCAACUAUGAUGGAGAACAAUAUGAUCAAUUCACUCCAAAACUUCACCAAGAUAUUGCAACGACGAAUAGCUUGCAGGAAACAGUCAUACGGUCGAAAAUUUCGAAAAUCCAGAAGAUGACCAAAUCAAUCCAAAUAACGGCAUCGUAUUUGGAAUGAGGAAGGACCAAUUAAAUGACUUAUGCAUAUCUACACAAGACGAGCUUGAUGCCUAUAUGUUAUCUUUGGAAGGCAUUCCAGCAAUUGAAAUAGACGACGAGUGUUUUGUUUAUUCAGAUACUAAGACCAGCAAGCGCAACUUUUACGCCUACCAUGUCAUUUACAGUAACAAACUUGAAAUUUCCUACGGCUAUGGCUUCAACCAACCGAUAUUUACCAUCACUUCAACCGAUGUUUAGCAUCACUUCAAGGACACCACAAAAAAUGUCACUUUUCAGAUGGAAAACCUGAAAAAGACUUUGACGGAAAACGACAUUUCCAUACAAUCCUUGCAGCUCCAACAAAGUGUCAACCCCAUGACGCAGCCGCAAAACAAAUUACUAGAAAUAUCUUUACACAGCGCAAAUAUAAAUGCUCUGGAUGCGCACAAAUCGCUAACAGACGAUGCGGACAUUACUGCAGCAAGUGCGACUUUCGUAAUAAAGUCAAAUACAUUAUUACGUCUGACUACUUGCACAAAGCCAUUAAUUAUGUUAAGAACGUUGCCAUAUCUGGUAACCAAGAAGCACAUGUGGUAUCCGGAAAAACCAAAAAUUGUAAAAAUGUGUCCGAAAGAAAACUUAAAGGAACAUAUAUCUAAUUUAAAUAUUAUUAACGCUAAACAUUAUGACUAUUUACUACAAACUGACGAACAACUUAGAGAACUUGAAAUGCAAUUAAAAAGAAGCAACGAUAAUGAAUCGAUAAAAAAAAUUAUAUUUGGCCAAAACUACUUAAAAUUAAAAGAUGAAGAUUUACUUUCAGAAAGGUUAGAAUUAUGCGAAGAAAAAGGUAGAAUAGGAAUUGUAAUGUACUGGUUAAAAGUAAUUGCUAUUGAAAAUUGUAUAACUCUGUCUAAUCUUAUUAAAGAUCUUAGUAAAUUCAUUUUUAACUUAAAUACUAAAAUGAGAGGAUUAAUUUUGUGUGGACCUUCUGACACUGGAAAAUCAUUGUUUGCUACUUUAUUGUAUAGUAUAUUUAAAGAACAUGAAGUAGGUUAUUUUGUCCACCAUCUAAAAAUGCCUCUUCUUUUAAGCUGCAAUCAUUGACAAAUGCGUUUGCAUAUAGAUGUGAUGAGAUGGUGUUUGAAGAAUUAUCUAUCAUUCAAGUAUUGAAGCAAUUAUUAGAAGGAUCUAAAACACUCCAUUCAGAUGUUAAGUAUAAAGAUCACUUGCAGAUUGAUCCCCACCCUGUUGUUAUUACUAUGAAUUGUAGUUAUAAAAGAGAUAUAUUAAAGUGGCACCCAAGCGUUUGAGAAUCGUUGUUUAAUUUUAUUUAUGGGACAAACAUUAAAUACUAUUUUUAAUAAUGAGGAAAUUGAUGUAAUAGCAACCUGUGGUAAUGAAUUGUUAUAUAUAUAUAUAUAUAUAUAUUAAAUAAAGAAAAACCUAUAAUUGUAAAUAAUAACAAAGAUGUAUUAACUAAGUAUGAAAUAUAUUCUAUUUAAUAUUGAA